UUCUGCGUCCUGAUUACACCGAGCGCCGGGGUUUGCCUGCUGGGCAGUUUGACGCUGCCGCUUUCGGCUAAUUUUGGUGACAGAAGUGGAGUUGUACAAAGGUUCGCUGCCCACCCUCUCCAGCAUUUAUUACCGCCUACUCCUCCACAUGAAUCCGCGUACUGGGCCCCGGCGUACCGGCUCCAGCCAUGUCAGCGAGAGAUGCAGCGGCUGCCACCGGUGACGGAACCCCUGGGGGAGAGACAGGAGAUGCAUUGGAGGAGGAUCUCCAGAGUUGCUCUGUCUCUGUUUCCAGUCUGGUGACCUCCACUUCAGCUGCUGGCAUGGCGUCCGGCACGGAGCUACCCAGGAAACGCAAGGGCAACGCUGACAAGGAAACAAAAUCUACAUCCGUGCUGGAUGAAGAAAUGGAGGAUGAACAGGAAAAGUCAGAAGGGGAUGAUCCACAUGUGAAAAUUAAGUGUUUCAGGGAACCUCACAGCCAGAUUGAGAAAAGGCGGCGGGACAAGAUGAAUAACCUGAUCGACGAGCUGUCAGCCAUGAUUCCUACGUGUAACCCCACGUCCCGCAAGCUUGACAAACUCACUGUGCUGCGCAUGGCUGUGCAACACCUCAAGUCGCUCAAAGGUGCAACCAGCUCCCAUGCCAAAGCCAACUACAAGCCUUCAUUCCUUCCUGAUGAUGAACUCAAGCACCUUGUUCUCAGGGCUGCGGAUGGAUUCCUGUUUGUGGUUGGAUGUGACCGGGGGAAGAUCGUAUUUGUGUCAGAGUCUGUUUCAAAGAUUCUGAAUUACACACGGCCAGAGCUGAUUGGCCAGAGUUUGUUUGACUAUGUUCAUCCAAAAGACAUAGGAAAAGUAAAGGAGCAGCUCUCUGCCGCUGAACUCUACCCACGGGAACGCCUUAUAGACGCCAAAACGGGACUUCAGGUGCAAGCUGAUCUGCCUGUAGGAGCCACUCGACUCUCUUCAGGAGCCCGCCGCUCUUUUUUCUGCCGAAUGAAGUACAACAAAGUGGCUGUUAAAGAAGUAAAGAGCUUCCAGGCCAGCUCAUCAAAAAAGAAAGAAUCGCAGCGUUAUUGCACAGUGCACUGCACCGGCUAUAUGCGCAAUUGGCCCACCAGUCAGCUCGGAGCAGAGGGUGAGGCCGAGGCCGAUAAGGAGAGCUCACAUUUCAGCUGUCUUGUAGCCGUGGGCCGUGUGCACUCUCAAACCAUCCCCCAGGCCAACAGAGAGGUCAAGGUCAAGCCCACAGAGUUCAUCACUCGCUGUGCCAUGGAUGGCAAAUUCACGUUUGUGGAUCAACGAGCCACCACCAUACUUGGAUAUCUACCACAGGAGCUGCUUGGCACAUCCUGCUAUGAAUACUUGCAUCAAGACGAUUUGCCUCAUUUAGCAGAUAAACACCGAAAAGUGUUGAGAAGUAAAGAGAAGAUUGAGACAAACUGCUACAAGUUCAAAACGAAAUGUGGCUCUUUUGUCACCUUGCAAAGUCAGUGGUUUAGUUUUAUAAAUCCCUGGACCAAAGAAGUAGAAUAUAUAGUGUCAAGGAACAGAGUCAUAUCUGAUGAGAGCAAUCCCAGUGGAUCAGGGGACAAAUCCCAACAGCCAAUAGAUUCCAAAGCUUCAGAAGAGGAUGCGAAGAAAUCCCCACCCAUCAUCCCAGGCAUCUCAAAUGCUUCAGGCACCAUGAUUUAUGCUGGAAGCAUUGGAACACAAAUAGCUAAUGAGCUACUGGAUUUUAAUAAGAUGAACUCUUCCCCAUCCAGUGGCAAUGCCAGCCCCUUCAGUCUGCUGCAGGACAAAUCUCCACUGGUUCUCACUCAAGCCAGCAGCAACGUGCCAAACGGGGAAGUGACAGAAACACAUGUGCCCAGCAAGUCGAGCUCUGAGGAUAACCCACGUGGUGGACCUUUUACAGGAAGUGAAAAUGUUAUGGAGGGACCGUCUCAGUUGGAUCUGGAAGGGGUCCCAGGGCUCGGAAGUCUAAGCAGCGAUGAGGCCGCCAUGGCCAUCAUAAUGAGCCUGCUGGAAACUGACACCAACCUGGGAGAGGGCAUGAACUUGGAGAUGCGUUGGUCUCUCUAACAUCACAGCUCCAAUGUCUUUCCUUGAGUUUCAUUACGAUUUUUGUACAGACCUUUUUAUUCCUUGGAGGAUGUAUAUUUUUGAAAUAAAGCUUGUAUCGUUGGACCCAAGAUCAUCCACAUCACGUCUUCGAGCAAGUUUUAAUUGGCUAAGGUUUUUUAUCGCUGCGCGAGUCCUCUGAUGAUCCCUCAGCGCAAGAGAAAGAUGUACAGAGAGCAGUAAAAUAGACUUGCAGUGUCUCUUGGGUCAUACUUUUUUUUUUUUUUUUUCCCCUUUUGUUCCCUGUUUAUAUCUUCUAGAAAAUGAAGCGCAGAAGAGUCUGCGUGGAAAGAAACUGGACACUUUAAGCAAUGACCAGGUUUUUGUUGGUCUUCAGCUGUGAGGACAAUAACCGACUGUGUUUUCCAGUGCUGAGAGAAGCAUGUCGUGUCAUAAAACAUGGUCCCAAAUAGUUCGUAGUAGAUUCCUACAUCUUUUAAGUAAGGAAACUUCAUGGUUAAUACUCUCUUUGCCAGAAGUGAUCAUUUGAAACACAUCUUUUGUGGUCAUUUGUUAAUGUUCUGAGAGAUCUGAAUCAUACAGAAGCCCUGAAAUGCAAGUUGUAAAAAAAAAAAAAAAUUGAAAUGCAAGGUCAUGAUUUAGGCCAUAACUUCUCAUCAUUUCGACUUGACCCAUAAUUUUCAGUUAUUAUAACACAUUGCCUCCUUAUUUCAAUGACCUGUUUAACCCCCCACAAUCUAUUUAACGGUCAUUUCACGAAAUCGAGUCAUACAUGAGCUGAUGGCCACUGAGGUGAAUAUCAGCCAUGUACGACAAGAUUGAGUGGAAUAAUAAUGUUUAUUACUUUUAUAUAGUGCGUUUUACAUAUAAUAUAAAAUAUGAAUGAUCAAAUGUGCUUAAAAUAUCUCAUAUAAAUAAAAACAAACUUAUUUAUAACCACAUUCACUGGAUUUUGAGAAACUGCACAGUUGUAUUUUUUGCAAAUUCAAUAAAUAAAAACUUGGUCCAAAAUGUCCGACAAAACGAUUUCUGCUUAGAAUGUAAACAAACUGGUGAAAUGACAGUAGCACUUUGUGAAAAAUGCUAUAAUAAUAAUUCUUGAAAAAUAAAAGAUAUGUUCUUACUAUCAAAUACUGUCAUUCCAGAUUUUGUUGCUUUGGAUUUUUUCGAGUAUUUUUUAUUUCAUCCUUGGUUGGUUCAGGAACGUGCUUCACCGUUUUGUUUUUCUCAACUCGCACUAUAUGAGCUGAUAUCCUAGUAGUAGAGUAGCCAAUUGGAGCGUGCGAUUGUUCAUAUCCAGUGAAUAUGGAUAGAAGAAUAAUAGGAUUCAUUUCAUAAAUAUUAUCUGACAGGUAGUUCUGGUCCACUAAUUUGACCGGCGGCGUUCCAAGUGUCCUGAUAUUCCAUAGGACAGCACAACACUGGUAUAUUUCACUGUUUGUAUCACUCCGCUUGUCUCUGUUCACUACCUACCGUAAAAUCCCCUGUGGAUGAAUCACAGUCGCACGGGUAUUCAGUAGAACACGCUUGUGCAAUGUUGCUUAAUUAUUUCAACAGAAUAAAUUACAAUUAUUUCAAGAUAUUAUUGUUAUAUUGACUUAAUGUUAUUCACGUCACGUCACUUCAUUCUCUAUUAACUUUCAGUUUCAAGGUGUUAUUUUGACUAUUUUGUCUUUCACGCAUUAUUUUCAGUUACUUUAUCUCCUUAUUGACCUCUUGCUCGUGCAUACAUGCCAUCAUCUAUUACUCAAUCAUGGGGUGUAUGUGAAAAAAGAUUAAUUUAUUGAAUAACAUGUAAUUUUUAUACCUUGUGCUGUUAGUGAGCCAGGCAUUGCUUUUAGUGGAAAUCACUUGACACAUGCACAUCAGAUAAUUCAGUAACUUGCCUAAAAGCGUUCAGGUAUGGUAAAGCAAACUCAACAAGUCAAAUCAACUGCUUUGACCAUUAUGGAAUUUCUGUCCGAGUGGCAGGAGUCAUAAUAUUCAAAACUUAAUACAAUUAUGUUUCAAGAUAUCUUGGUAAAUUGCAAUAACAAGGUAUUUAUUUAAAAUGUCAUAGCAAACUAACAUUUAUAUUUUUCCACAGCUUGUGGUUCAGGGCUUCUGAGGAAUAGUUGAACUGAGCGCUAUUUUCGAUCUCAGUGAUUUAAGUUUCAUUUGAACUUGAUCCAUAUCUGCACGUUUUUGAACGAUGCUUUGAUCGUGCAAAAGUUAGCUGAGUGGAAGAGUCAGGAAGCCAUAUUACACCGUCCUUUUUCAGGAAGUAGUCUCUGAUAAGCUAUGUCACUAUAAAGCGUUGAAAAAAUAUUAUCCCAGUGAAUCCAGAACACUCAGGGAGCAACUAGCUGGGAUUUUUUUUCCCCCCACCCAUCUUGUACCAUUUUUAUAUAUUGGUCCUUUGAUAUCUGUUGCUGGCAGGCGUAUAGGUUUUUCUUUCAUUUGUACAUUUGCUGACUUGCUUUAUUCUCCACCCUCUGAGCUUUCCUUUUGCUCCCUUUUGGACACUGAAUUUCUAGACACUUCAGCGUGAAUCUUGUGCAGAUUAAGCUAUACCGUAUGUAACGACCGAAGUAUUUUAAUUAACCAGAGUGAUCGGCUGUUAAGCCCGUCAAGUUUGGUUUGAUGGUAACAAUUUUAGAAAAAUCAUCUUUAAGUAUUAAUGGCAACGUAUUUAAAAAAAAAAAAAAAAACGGCUGUUUAGAUAAGAUUUAUAAAAAGUCAGUCUAAUGGCCUUAUUUAAUGGCAUCUGUUUGAUUCUAUGUACUGGCAUACCAAAGUUGUUUAAUCUGAUAAGAUAAUGCAGGUUCUUGACUGCGGUAUAUCAUCAGUACGCUAAAGCCGUUUCCCGUAAAUGCUUUAUCAGUAUUUCUUUCAAACAGGUUUGUACAAAAUAUCUUCAUUCGAACUGAACAUUAUACAUCACUGAGACUAGUACUUGAAAGUCCUGUUCCAUGUCCACUGUAGGUUCUUUUACUGCUUUGUCCAGGAGAACUGAUGUACAUGACCACUUGUCCCUUCCCCCAUGCCUAACUUUUUUAACACAUUGACUGACCAAUAUCAAGAACAGCGUUACUUUAAACUUGUUGUGUUUAGUAAAAUAUGGUGGCUUGCUAUGAUUUGCCAAUGAGGGUUUGGUUAGUUGGGGCCUUAAGUACAGGACAACUGUUCUCUCGAACCAGACGAAUAAGCAGUGAGCUGUGAUAAGAUGUGCCAUACAUGAACAGCAAAAAAACUGUCUUUUGAGUUGCUGGUUUUGUUUUGUUUUUUUCUCAUAUCUAUGUACUGUAUCCAUUCACCCCUAGCAUAGGGUUACUAUCUUUUAGUGUGAAGAUGUACUAAAUUCACUGGCACUAAGCAAAAAGAAAAAAAUGGGUACUGUACUUGGUUUAGAACCACAGCAUUACACCUUCUACUACUUCAGUCAGUUAUAUUGAACUAGCCUGCAUAGAAAUAUGCUAGAUGUAGGUUGUUGGUCUUCUAGUGAUCUUCAUGCAUCCUGGCCUUUUUGUGUAACUGUUGAUUUUGCUUGUGUUUUUUGUACUGCAUUUUUGUUAAUAUUGGAUAAAGGUAAUGUUUUGCCUUAUCAUGAACUCAAACGUUUUGUCUUUCUGAUGUUUUCCUUUGCUCAUGUCUUGGACAGUGGUGUUUUAGUUCACCGAAGACUGUUCCACUGCGGACACUUGUACUUCCUCCAGUUCCUCCUUCCAUGAACUGUUUGCGCGGGGAACCUACCGGUAGUUGGACAUGGCAUAUGCAUCACUCUGUAUAAGCCUCCAUAAAAGGAAAAAAGAAAAGAGGACUUCAUCAAGAUCAUCUGUUCGAAAAGUUUGUCUUCAUCUUCCUGUAUUUUAUAAGACACUCGUGUGUUUGCUAUGGCUGCUGCUGUGAACAGGCCUGGUUCAUGACAGAAAAGCUGUCUCUAUCUAGGCAAUCCUGUACAGAAUAAAUCUUUCAAUAAAUAUUAGUUUAAUUUA